UCCAACUUCCGGCUGUCCAGUUCUGAAUCUGCGCUCAGGUACGGUUAUAUCCCGUCUGCCGCCGCAAUGAAAGAUGUCACCGGGUACCUCAAACAGCAACAGAGCAACAGCUCGACUCCGGAGAUGGCGGCGGAGUGGCACGGACUGGAGGAUUUAUACAACAAAAAGCUGUGGCAUCAGUUAACGCUGAAGCUGACAGAUUUUGUUAAGGACCCCUGCUUCAAAACGGGCGAUGGCCUCAUACAGCUCUAUGAAAACUUCAUCAGUGACUUUGAACACAGAAUCAAUCCUUUGUCUCUGGUGGAGAUCAUACUCUAUGUUGCCAGACAGAUGACAGAUCCUAAAGAUGCCAUCACCUUCCUUGAGAAGACAAAAGAGAAGGUGAAGAGCAGUGAAGAGGCAGUCAUUCUCUGCAAGACAUCUAUUGGCAGUCUUAAAUUAGAGAUCAACGAUCUUCCAGACACAAAGAAAAUCAUUGAAGAGGUGGAGGAAAUGUUGAACAACUUGCCCGGGGUGACGUCUGUCCAUGGCCGCUUCUACGACCUCUCCAGCAAAUACUACCGCAUCGUCGGAAACCAUGCCGCUUACUACAAGGAUGCCCUGCACUACCUCGGCUGUGUGGACAUCAAAGACCUGCCAGAGACGGAGAAGCAGGAGAGAGCCUUCACAUUGGGUCUGGCUGGGCUGUUAGGAGAGGGCGUUUACAACUUUGGAGAGCUGUUGAUGCAUCCUGUCCUGGAGUCACUGAGGAACACAGACAAGCAGUGGCUGAUUGAUACGCUCUACGCCUUCAACGGGGGCAAUGUGGAGAAGUUUCAGGGAUUCAAGUCUGCCUGGGGCCAACAGCCUGACCUAGCUGCACAUGAGGCCAAGCUGAUGCAGAAGAUUCAGCUGCUGUGUGUGAUGGAGAUGACGUUCACCCGCCCUGCCAACCACAGGCAGCUGACCUUCCAUGAGAUUGCACAAAGUGCCAAAAUCCCUGUCAAUGAGGUGGAGCUGCUGGUGAUGAAGGCUCUGUCUGUUGGUCUGAUUAAAGGCAACAUCGACGAGGUGGACCAGAAGGUCCAGAUGACCUGGGUGCAGCCCAGAGUGCUGGACCUGCAGCAGAUCAAAGGGAUGAAGGAGAGGCUGGACCUCUGGUGUGGAGACGUGAAGAACAUGGCCAUGUUGGUGGAGCAGCAGGCUCACGACAUCCUCACCUGAACAGCCGUCUAUCUUCUCACCGUUUUCACACACACACACACACACACACUGAGAGGACGGUCACUCCAUCCGCCUGCUGCGUUUCGUUUUUCUGUUGGAUCUUCAUUGUUCCUGUGUAACUCUAACCAUUUGUAUCUAAACCGAGUGAAUUACAUCUUCUUUUACAAAUAAA